AUGAAGGAUUUAGUAAAGAUUUACAACAAGUAAAGUGAUGAAGAAAAACAUCUUUUAGACGAAAGAAUCCACCCAGGGCAGCCUGGUUCUCGUUUCCAGCCCAUUGCAGUAGACUCAGACUGGAUCCCCUCCCACCCAGAGGAGCUUCAAGACUUUGAGAGAUUCCUCUGUGACCCUCGCUGGAAGACCCCCAAUGCAAGUUGUGGUACUAUUUUUAUUCAGAACGUAGGUUUCUUUGGUGACGCGGGAGCCCAAACAGAGCAGUCUGUAGAAUGCCUGAGAGAACACUGCCAAGCUUUCUUCUAUGGGCUGCCUGUCCGUUUGUUACCAGCCGUCUCUGUUGCUCAAACAGGCUGCUCUUUCAGGAUUAACCGCAGCACACACAACCUUCAGCUGCCCAUUCUUCCUCUUGUAAGUGACGACCUGCUAUUUCUGUGGAACAGAAAACCAGAGGAUACAUUCUGUAUUGCUGAAAUCACAGUGAUUGACCUCUACCCUGAAGACUCCUGGAAUUUUGUCUUUGGAGAAGCUUCUCAUAAUAAGCUUCUACUCUACACCAUAGGUCAUGCAGGAAUGUUGAAGAACAAACCAAAGCAGGGGGACAACUCCAUCUUUGAUGGACAUCAGACUCCUCCCAUCCAUAGCAGUCUCUUGCUCCAAUCCUGCAAGACGAUGACGCAUGAUAUCGGGAUAUGUUUUGGAAUAAAGCAUUCCCAGUGGCUCAGCUGUGUCAUGCUGGGCUCCAACCACCUGAAAGAGUCACACCGUCGGCCCCUGGAUCUCGCCUCAUUUUGCCUAUGCAAGCUUCAGGUGUCUCUGGGGUUUAACAUAGCUAAUGCCUUCUUGCACUGGAUGGAAGACAAGCCAAGUCCUGCAGCAGAGGAGGCGUCCAUUCCUAAACAUGCUGAAUCCUUCUAUGCAGCCAAAGUGUGGCUGCAGAGAGGCCACACCAUGCUGCAAGUUAAUGAACUGUAACAAACAAGAGGCCUGCAUGCAAGAAGUUCUCAGUUUGCAUAACUUUUUUUAUGUACAUUUUCUCACGUAUGAAUACAUACCGCAAAUAGAUUAUCUUCUCUACA